AUGUCGCCAGAAGAGAGACGAGAAGCGAAUAUCGAAGACAUGAUCAAUAAUCUUCAGAAUUAUGUGAAGUCGGUGUUGGAAAUGGAGGUGACCAUGGAGCUACAGCCAGGAAUGCGCCUCUUAACUUUCCUCUUUCAAAAAGUACCCAGCUUCUCAAGCGGAGCGCCAUGCUAUCUCAGCCACUGCGACUAUGCAUUACUGUUUAAGCCGGAUCCUCAAGUACCUCCCCAUGCUACAGAGGUCUCGAUAUUACAGGAAUGCAUCCGUCGCUGGCUACGUCAACUCAAUUGUCCAGUGAGUCAUGCCGUGCCGUGGACAGCGCAAAUCGGAACUCUGGGCCACUUAAAAGCUAACGAACUCCAGGAACCGGCGUCCCUUGCGAACAUGACACGAAUGUGGGGGCCGACAAUUGACUGUCGGCGAUAUUUUCCUCCUGAGACCGAUCCAAACUAUGACCAGCGUCAUUCUCUGAGCACUGCGCUGGAUAAUUUAUGGGAGGAACUCGCGGGGCGAGAAAGGGAAAAUAUCUUGGAAAUGGUGAACCAAAAGCCCAGCCCGGCGGCUCCGAGACGUUGA